AUGGCGUCUGAACUGCUGACGCCGGCGGUGGUGAUGCCGUCCGAGGUGCCGACGCCGGCGGUGGUGAUGCCGUCUGAGGUGCCGACGCCGGCGGUGGUGAUGCCGUCCCCGCCAGGUGCCACUGUGCUCGGCCUAGUCGAGCCACUGGCGGGCGGCCCGCGCCUACAGACCGGCACGGUGGAGCUCGGGGCGCCGCCGCUCGCCCCCAUCUACUGCCUGGUGUGUAACGUGCAGGGCCUGGACCAUGUCUACUGGAACAUCCACGGCUCCUUCACCAACACGAGCAGUGCCGUGCUGGCUGACAAGAUCCUGGAGUGCGUUCAGAGCAGCUUGCGUGCCGCCGAGCUCGGCCGGUACUCUGAGUACGUGUGCAGUGGCUGCGCCGCGCAGCUUAACCUGGUCGACGAGUAUGAGACGGCACUUUCGCGCAUCCGCGCCGACUUCAAGCAAAAGUUUUGGCAGACGUUCAUUGCGCGCGGCCAGAUCUCCGUGUCGGAGGUGUCGCGUGUCGCUGACGCUGGGACGCAGGCGCCCGCGCGCGGCCCGCUCGCACCACCGGCGUCGAAGGCGGACGCCGACGUAACUGCGCCGCCGGCUGUCGCGGAAGGCACACUGCCUUCGAGUAACGCUCGGCGCCGACUGCGGACUGGCGAAGGGCCUGUGAAGACCGAGCCGGCCGCGGCGGCGGACGCGGCGUUACGCCCGGAGACACCGCUGAAGAUGGAGAUCACCGAUAUCGAUGACCUGGUGACCGAGCCCCCAUCAGAGCGUCGCCUGCCGCACGCCUCGUCGGCGCCGCCGGCUGUCGUCGCCGACUCGGAUGACCCGGGCUCGCCUCGGCCGGACGAGUCCAAGGCCGAGGGGACGGCGGCACGGCAGCGGCCGCCGACCAGCCGGGCCAAGACGCGCACGGACUGGACUGAGGUGGACAAACACUACCGUAAAGUGGUCGACCCGGACGACGGUGGCGCCGAGCGCUUCCAGUGCAUCGUCUGUCUGUCCAAGAUCAAGGACCGGAAGGAGGUGCGGAAGCACGUGCGCCGCCACUUGGGCAUGAUCAAGCUGCUUAAGUGCGGCUACUGCGACUACCGCUGCUACCGGCCCAGCAACCUAGUCAUCCACGAGCGGCGGCACACUGGCGAGCGGCCCUUCACCUGCGAGGUUUGCGGCACCGGCUUCAAGUCCAACGACAGUCUGAACGUGCACCGGCGCACGCACACGGGCGAGCGGCCCUACGAGUGCACCGACUGCCACAAGCGGUUCACCCAGCACUCGUCGCUGCAGAUUCACAAACAGGUCCACUCGUCGCGGAAGCGGCACAUCUGCGACUACUGCGGCAAGAGUUUCACCCAGCUGGGCAACCUCAAGUGCCACCGGCGCGUGCAUACGGGAGAGACGCCAUACCCGUGCCCCACCUGCGGCCGCCAGUUCCGCUCCGACUACCAUCUCAAGGUGCACCAGAUCGAGCACACGGGCCGCCGGCCGCACCAGUGCUGUGUCUGCCAGCUGGGCUUCCUCACCGCCCACAAGCUGAAGCAGCACAUGGCCACCCACACUGGCGACAAGAUCGGCUACACGUGCGAGAGCUGCAACAAACAACUGACAACGCGCAAGUCGCUGCGCGACCAUCAACGCAUCCACACAGGCGAGCGGCCCUUCCCGUGCGCCGUGUGCGCCGCCGCCUUCCGCACCGAGACGCUGCUGCGCGCCCAUCGCCGCCAGCACGCGUCGCAGCUGCAGUGCUCGGCGUGUGGCCAAGCGUGUCGCACGGAGGCGCAGAUGGCGGCGCACGAGCGCACGUACCACCCGGCGUUGGGCGGCGGGUCAGGAGGCUGUCUGAGCGCGUAA